AGAGACACACUUCAACAAUCCCGACCUCGCAACCCACGCACACGACGACCUUCGAAGUUCGAUACGCGUAUAAAUCACACUCCUUUCGACCUUUGCGACUAUGCCGAAAUUCUUCUGCGACUACUGCGAUGUCUACCUCACCCACGACUCGAUGAGCGUCCGGAAAGCCCACAACAGCGGCCGAAAUCAUUUGCGUAACGUCGUGGACUACUAUCAACAAAUCGGACACGAGAAGGCACAAGCAGUAAUAGACGGAAUCACAAGCAGUUAUGCUGCGGAAGGACAGAGUGUACCCAUUGCGCCUGGCAUGAACUUCGGUGCGCCUGGGCAAGGUCCUCCAGGAUUUGGUCCUCCAAAUGGCAUGCCGCCGGGUUUCCCACCAAUGCCAGGUGCUAUGCCGCCAGGUAUGCCGCCUAUGCCACCAGGCUUCCCAGGCCUCAUGCCAGGCGGACGAGGCAUGCCUCCUCUCCCGCCAGGUUUCAAUCCACCUCCUGGAGGCUUCCCGGCAGGCUUCAAUCCCCCUCCCGGCAUGCCAGCAUUCCCACCGGGCGGCGGUCCAGGUCCUGCAGGAUCACCACCAGGCAACAUGCCCUUCGCACCUCCUGGCUUCCCUCCGAAUAUGCCACCGGGAUUUUCCAUGCCUGGCGGACCGAGUCCUGGGCCGGGAGGACAUCAGCCGCCGCCUAUGAGAUACGGUGGACCGCCUGGGCAGUGAUCAGAGAGCGAUCUAACGGGGUCUUUUUUAGAGAUGGGUCGCAGUGAAUGCACAAUCGCGAUUCGGCUGCAAAACUGCGCAAGAGUCUUCACCGCGAGUCAGUCGAUGAGUACUGGGAAUGUCUUUGCUAUAUUCCUCAAGAAGACGCGGCCGUUCGCGAUUCUCAGGCGGGAUCGCAUGUUUCGACAUGCAGUAUUUCAGUCUGCGGUCUAUGCGCGUGUGAAAGAGUCAAAACACACGGGCGAGUCUCGACCGGUGUGAAGCACGAGGAGGGAAGUGGAGCAAGGUAUAUGACGGGAACGCAGUCAAACGAAAGAUGGAAUACGCGUUCGUGGGUG